GAUCAACGUAUUAUGUAUGGGUUCCAAAAUUGUUAAUUUAGAGAUUUUUCUAAUUUACUUUUUCCUCCUAAUACCAUGGCCCCACACACAUGUCAUCAAACGUUUGUGUUCGAAAGAUAACAGUCGUCUGGUACGAAAAAUCGUGCGUUCAAAAUGGACACCGAUAUUAGAUAAAUAUCAGGUGAGACUUCCUCUCGAAUGUCCGCUGCAUCCAUUUCGUGACAUUUUUGCACCCCGACAAGAUGCCAAAAAACGUGAUCGGCCCACACAGUGGACAUGCCGGCUGUGUGGCAAAAGUUUCUAUCAGGAGAAAUUUUUGGAUUUACAUUUUGAGACAAGACAUAAAGCAAUUAUAAAUGAGGCUGAAGACGCUGUAUGCUUAGCAGACUAUUGCGAUAUCAUGCGUUGUGAAGUAUUUCAAACGGAGGAAUCAUCAUCGCUGAAAAUUGGCGAUCAGAAUAUUGUGACAGAAAUUGAGGUUUGGGGCGAUUCAUUUGGUCAAAAUUCCGCACUGGCUAAGGCGAAUGUAGCAUAUUUAAGUUUAUUACCCAUCAGAACUUCCUCUAUUGGUGCAUCUCGAACAGCCAAAGUACAAAAUCGUCAAUUAUGUCAGGAUAAAAUUGGCCAAACUAAAUGUCAACAGACUGAAACCUCUAAUGAGAACUAUAUAUAUAGUAGCAACAACCACAACAAUAACAACAACAAUGGUGCCUCACGUACAAAAUAUAUGCCACACACACAAACACCCACAGCAGAGAGCUUAACAUCAUCAUCGGCCGCACCUCACCUCUAUGGCAGCAGUAGUGGUGGUGGUGGCAGUACAACAUCAUCAGCAUCGGGAUCGACCAGAUCACAAAAAUCCUAUUCAUCAGGUGGUGGAGGUAAUAGUGGUAGUAUACCUGCCUCAAGCAGUGCUAGCACAACGACGUCAAGUAGUACUGCAUCGUCAGCCUCAUCGGGUUCCGCCUCAGCCACCUCCUCAUCGUCAUCUUCCUCAACGACAUCGAAUGGAGCCAAAGCGAAUGCAGAUUCUUCUUCAUAUGCGGCUAAUCCCUCCAAGGAGAAUGACAGUGUGAAGUUGAACUCCUCCGAUGAGGAGGGUGACAGCAGUCGGGCCACAACAACGGCGAAUGGCCAAUUGACGAAUAUGCAAAAAAUACGGGCCAAUUGUAAACCGGAAGAACUGAAUCAACUGCAGGCGAAAUGUGAAUAUUUAGUACGAAGCUGCAUCGGCGGCCUUAUUCUAUCCAUGACCGAUCAGCAAUUUAAGGAUAUGGAAGAGGAAAUGAACAAAGCCGUCUGCUGGUAUCUAACCUGCGAUCGCUAUUGGGAGGAUGGUCCGCUGGAGCCACGUGCCUUUCCUUGGGGUUUAAUUGUAAUCCUCAUUUUCGUUUUAUCCUCCGGCAUUUGUUUUUGUUACUACAUCAUUUGGAUACUAUUUGACUCCGAAGAGACGACAAUCAAUGCCAAUACAACAGCCGCCAAUCAUCUCUACCACCAUACGCAGCAGGAGCAUCUGCUGCAUCCUCAUCAGCAGCAGCAUCUGCCGCCAGGGAUGGCAUCAUCGGCUCAUCUGUUGCAUCCACAGCAUCGCCAGCAUAUGUAUAUACCCUACUACUACCACCAGGCCCAGGCCGAGGUCGGACAUCACGAUUUAUACCCCGAACCAGUGCAAUACGACUAUCGUCACAGCCCCAGACGCUACAUCGGCGAUCAGCGUCGGCCGGGUACACCUACGAUUACGAUGGCUACCGGACAGCCAGCGGGGAUCGGCGUAGCGGGCGUUGGCGCACAGACACCGUUGCGUCAUGCGCCGAGCCAGAAUCUGGCCUACCAACAGGACAUUUUAGACCGACGCGACUAUAUAAGUAGCCGACCCAUAGCCACAACAGUGGUCAGCAGCCAUAACACCCUGGCAUCAACACGUGGACCAAACACGGGCUCAUCGGGAGCCCUCUCAAGUCUCAGUCAUCAUUCGCAGGCGCAGUUAGACUGUGAUAAUACAUUACCAGCAACACAUUUAGGUAGUAGCUCCGGAGGAGGGGGUGGAGGUGUCAAGCACUACAACACCAUACCGCGGCCCCUGGAACCGCGUCAGCGCUAUGUCAGCGGUUCACAGCAAUCGUUAAGGGGUUCCUCGUCGACACACGAAAUAAUCCAAAAUGAAGUUGGGCACAAUGAACAUUAUAUUUAUGUAACCUAUCCGCCGGAUUUAAAGAAACGCUUUUUUGAAAAAUACGAAUGAACACGAAGGUGAAGACG